AUGCCAAACAUUCAUACAUCAGAUCAAGUAGCCUUAAUAAGUGCUACAAGUUCCCUUUUAGGACUGGUCAUUGGAUCUGGGUGCAUUUUGAGUAUACUGACGAAAUCAAGAGUCAGUGCUUUUGUUGCAGUGUUGGGAAUCUUUCAUGAACUAGAAUUCUAUAUUACAGCUCAGUUUCAGGGCCCUCAGUUGUCUUGGGAUUCUUUUGUUUUAAACAAUGGGGCAGCAUAUUGGAUUGCUAUGUCCAUUGGUGUAUUAGAAUACUACUUUACUAAUGGGUCGAGUAUUUCAAAAAUCUUGUCUUGGCUUCAUUUGCCUUCGUGCGCCCUGUCGUGGAUUCCUUGGGUAUACACAAGUUUAGCAAUUAUAUUGGUUACUUCGGGACAAUUACUUCGAUCAUACGCUAUGGUACACGCUGGUAAAUCAUUCUCUCAUCACAUUGCUAGUGAAAAAAGACAGGAGCAUAGUCUUGUUAAGUCUGGUGUUUAUCAUUAUGUUCGCCAUCCUUCAUAUGUUGGAUUUUUCGUUUGGGCAAUAGGAACGCAACUCCUUUUGAAGAAUUUCUUUUCCUUGGUAGCUUUCGGUGCCGUCCUUUGGGAUUUCUUUAGCAAGCGAAUUACUGGAGAAGAGAUGUACUUGGUCAAAUUUUUUGGUGAAGAAUAUAAAGAUUAUCGGAGAAAAACACCAUCUGGGAUUCCUUUUAUUCCUUAA